AUGGAACAAUACUCACAAGAAAACCCACUGUUUGAUCUGCUAUACAUUUUAAGAGGAGGAAUUCCUUCUCAUCCCUACUUAUUUCAUCAUAUCUUUCAAUACUUUGACAAGGAUCAAAAAUUAGCCAUAAAACUCUGCAGAAUAUUGAUGAACUAUCAAGAUUGUAAUCAGAAAAACCAAAAUGGAUUCACACCGCUCCAAAUUGCUGUUAUUUACAAUCAAAUAGGCGCUAUAAGAUAUGCAUAAAAAGAGGGUCGAUUCGAUUUCAAUGAUGAAACGUUAAUGUAAUUAGCAAUCACUUAUGUUUAACUUGAAAUAGUCGAAAUUCUAUUAUUGGAAGAAGGCUUAUCAGUAAUUGAAACAAAUUACAAAAAAUUGAAUACUUAAUCCUCAACCUAUUUAAAAAUCCUAAAAAGGUUAGAGAAAAUAGAAAUUCAAAAGGUGUUGGGAGAGGAUACAUCUGAGUAUUAAGAAAUUGUAGUUAAUGAAGUUCCUUAAUUCCCAAUUGCCAAAACUCCAGGUAAAAUUAUGUCGGAUAAUGUUAAUGAAUGUCUCAUCUCAUCUGCCUAGUGUAUAUAAACAUUAGAAGACAUCAACCACGAUAAUAUUUAAUAGCUGAAAAUUAAAAAAAGCAACCUAUGCACUUAAAGUUCUUGCCAAGAACAUCAAAUUUAAAAAUAGAACAACAAUUAAAUCAAAGAACAAUAAGAAAAUCGAAUCUCCUAUUAGAAUUUAUUUAGAUGCGAAAUCGUCGUUGACUAAUUACUUUCUGCGAUAUUCUAAUUUAAAUAUGUAAUAAAAUAUGCAUAAUUAAGAGCCAUAAUUAGAUUAUGCGAUCUUAUUGUUUCUAACUUAAAACAAAUCGGAUUUCUACUACACGAAUUUGGAUAGCUUGAUUGA